AUUGCGUUAAUAUCAGUUAUAUUUUUGAUCUCGAGUCGUAACAGUUUUGUCAAGAUGAAAAUCGUCUAUAGUAUAGCUUUAUUUGCUGUAUGCGUUAUCAGCGCAUCUCAAGCCCAUGAAGCUAGAGGACCAUGCAACCCAGACGAAACGUCUGAUCAGUGUGUGCAGAGAUACGCCAAGGAAAAUGAAGGCACGUGUACCCAAAUUCUCGCCGGAGAAAAUGAAGUUAUCAUUCAAGGCUGCGGUAGUGUCGAUUGUGAUGAAACUACGAGAAAAACCCCAGAGGAUCUAAGCAAACCUUAUCCUGAGUGCUGCUCAUUUUGCGCAAGCCUUUUGCCUCCGGCAAUCUGCGGCCCAGCACCGGUAGAUUAAAUUAAUUACGUUUUAAUGAAAAAUGUAAAAUGAAAUUUUCAAUAUUUAUAAUAUCAAAGAAGUGCUCCAUGUUUUUUUAUUUUCUUUACAAUAGUCUUUUUGUCAUUACAAUGCCAAAAUUAAUGAAAUAAAUAUUCAUGACGAGAAAAUAAAA